AUGGAAGAUUACAGUGACACUGACGGAUGGAACGAGGAUACCUUAAAAUCCCCACAACGCAUAAAAAGAAAUGUAUGUUCCAAAGCCGCUAGUAAUGGUGUUGACCAUGAUUUUAAUGACAUGCUUACCUAUGCUCAGAGCCACCAUUACAACAACCACAACCCCAUACUUUCACUGCUUUCACUUUACCAUCAUCACCGGGCUACCAAUAUCAGCAAUCGCAGAUAUCAUCAUCGUACCAGCAACCAAUACUACAAGUACGCUUUUUUGAAGCAGAUACAAUCCCCUGAGGAAGUCGAGGAAGUUGAUAUUGGCAGUUUACUAAAGAAUAUAAGUGAAAGUCUGAUUCAAAUCCAACAAAAUCAGAAUGUCAUUAUACGAGCGCUUGCGAAACAAAGUGCCUUCAAAGAUAUUAUUAUUAAUCGCAUUAACGAUAUAGAAAAUCUAUUUAAUAACAAUAAAAAUUCUACCGUUGAUACCGUUGAGGAUAACACCAGUGCAAGUUCUGCUGGCCUAUUAGAUGCUCCAAUUUCGAAUCAGGAUGAAAUCGACGAAUUGGAAGAUAAGCUCAACGACAGCAAAAAAAUGGAGGAUUUAGUAUGUGUAAAUGUGCUUCGUACAUACUACAUAGUUUAUCUCAAACUUUUUUAUUUACAGGCUGCGAAAAUGAAAUCUAUUUGUGGGGAAAAAGGAACAGCCGACGCAACUGACUGUUGCUAUCGUUUAGUAGACCACUUCUUCACGAGAGAAUUCCUGUUGAAUGUUUCGUGGAGUGGAGGGAGCCGUACGGAAAAUAAAAAAGUUGCUCUUAAAAAUUAUAGCAACAUUCUUAGUGUUGGAGCAAGUUGUUCGCAAGGAGUUUUUCGCAACAGUCCUUAAGAAUGCCAAGAAAAGGACUGAAAAUAAUAUCGACCGUAUUCCUCGAACUUCUGCAAAGAAAGUAUAUGUGCGUAAAGGAAACUAAACAAGGAAAAGUGAAAAUGUUCCUAAGGGCAUGAUGUUCCACUAAAAGCUUACUAAUUCUUACUCAGAAGCUUAUUACACAAAAAGUAUUAAAAGUUGCAAGAGAACAAAUGUUUAUUAAUU